AUGCCACCAAAGCGCAGAACUAGAACCUCCAAACCGCAAACCCGAAAACCAACAUACCCGUCGUCCCCAGAGCAAGAACCGGUUGCUCCAGGAGAACACACAGAACAAAAUGACUCCGAAAUCAAAAACCAAGAAAGUGACGAACCGGAAGAGCCUCUUACGCCGGAGGAAAUUAACUCACCGGAGCCGGUUCUAGAGACGGAUGAAGAGAUGCCGGAGGAAACGGAGCAUACGGUUAGCGAAGCAGGAUCGGCUGGUGAGGGCACAUCAAAGCGGAACCAGGGCUUUCCCGGCGGAUACAAUGCGCUGAAGUCAUACAAGGGGCAAUACUACUCAGGGAUGGCGGUUGGGGGCUCGCACACCUGGAACUAUGAUGAAGGCGUCUGGAAGGAAACGAAGGAGGAGCCGGAUUUGUGGAGGAUAGAUUAUAGGACUAACAAGAGACGCGCGAGGAAGGCCCCGCAGGGCAGUGGUGCGCCCGUGGGGACAGAGUAUCACUGGCUUAUUGUUGCGCAUCAGCAUGUGAAGAAGAUCGAUGCCAACACAUAUGAGACCGUUCUGGAGGGGUCCAAGUACAAGUUGGCGUACAAAUCGGCUGCUUCGAAUUCGUGGUCCGUUCCAACGGUGAGGAAACAGCGAGAGCGGGAGCUUGAGCUACUAGAUGACGCCAAAUCGCGUAUUCAGGGUCUGCCGCCGGUUUCUGAAAAGAUCAAAGUCGAGAAGCAGGAGAAAGGGCAGAAGAAACUGGACGCAAUGUUCGGCCUGGGGAAUGUGACGGGGACAAAGAGAAAGGCCGGAGAAUGA